AUGUCCCCUAUUGUUAAGAACCCUGACUGUUUCACACCAAUGAUUUGCCACUGCAAAGUUGCCUGCACCAACAACACGUUGUCGUUGAUGUUUGGAUGCAAGUAUCGCUAUCAAGAUGAAGAUGUUCCACAUGAUCAUACUUUACCUCGUCUAACCCAUGAAGUGAGAGGACCUGAACUUGUGCACGUAUCUGAGAAGAACCUGUCACAAAUUGAAAAUGUGCAUGGAUAUGUCCUGCAGUCUCACAUCUCUCCUCUGAAGGCCAGCCCUGCUCCUAUUAUUGUCAACACAGAUACUUUGGAUACUAUUCCUUAUGUCAAUGGAACAGAAAUUGAAUACGAAUUUGAAGAAAUCACAUUGGAGAGGGGCAAUUCUGGGCUGGGAUUCAGUAUUGCUGGAGGUACAGAUAAUCCCCACAUUGGAGAUGAUCCUGGCAUAUUUAUUACGAAGAUUAUACCAGGAGGAGCUGCAGCAGAAGAUGGCAGACUCAGGGUCAAUGACUGUAUCUUGCGAGUGAAUGAGGUGGAUGUCUCAGAAGUCUCCCAUAGUAAGGCAGUGGAGGCAUUAAAGGAAGCUGGUUCGAUAGUCCGACUGUAUGUUCGUCGAAGGCGGCCCAUUUUGGAGACAGUUGUAGAAAUCAAACUCUUCAAAGGUCCUAAAGGUCUAGGCUUCAGUAUCGCAGGAGGUGUGGGCAAUCAACACAUCCCUGGAGACAACAGUAUUUAUGUUACUAAAAUUAUAGAUGGAGGAGCAGCACAAAAAGAUGGGCGUUUGCAAGUGGGAGAUAGACUACUAAUGGUAAAUAACUACAGUCUAGAAGAAGUAACGCAUGAAGAAGCUGUAGCGAUAUUGAAGAACACUUCAGAUGUAGUUUAUCUAAAAGUUGGCAAACCAACCACCAUUUAUAUGACAGAUCCUUAUGGCCCACCUGAUAUUACUCACUCUUAUUCUCCACCAAUGGAAAAUCACAUUCUCUCUGGCAACAAUGGCACUUUAGAGUACAAAUCUUCCCUGCCACCCAUCUCUCCCGGAAGGUACUCGCCAAUUCCAAAGCACAUGCUUGUUGAGGACGACUACACCAGGCCUCCUGAACCAGUUUACAGCACUGUGAACAAACUAUGCGAGAAACCUUCUUCUCCCCGGCACUAUUCCCCAGUUGAGUGUGACAAAAGCUUCCUUCUCAGUUCUCCCUACCCUCACUACCACAUGGGCCUCCUCCCAGAUACAGAGAUCACCAGUCAUUCUCAGCACAGCACUACGACUCGUCAGCCCUCAAUGACUCUACAGCGAGCCAUCUCCCUGGAGGGUGAGCCUCGGAAAGUCGUCCUACACAAAGGCUCCACAGGGCUGGGCUUUAACAUUGUGGGCGGAGAAGAUGGAGAAGGUAUCUUCGUAUCCUUUAUUCUAGCUGGAGGACCAGCAGACCUGAGUGGGGAGCUCCAGAGAGGAGACCAGAUUCUAUCUGUUCAGCAAGUGAAUGCUGUCGGGUGGCUUAGUUAUAAAGGCGAGCGUGCACCGGACGGCAGACAGGAGCGUGGAGCCCUAGCUAAUCCGGAGAAGCUGCGUUGUGUGUUUGCUAGCUGCUCCCUGCUUUUGUUCCAAACAUUCUGUGCCGGGUUCCCGGAAACCUGCGGUAUCUGUUCCGUCCUUCGGAGAGGGGAAGAAGGGGAAGGGGAAGGCAUUGGCAUUGUGGCCAGCAUUCACUCCUCACCAGGGCUCCUCUGCCUGCCCCUUUUGGAGGGAGUCUCGUGGACAUUAACUGCUAAUGUCGCCCCUGUUCUUGAUUUAAGUGACCCAACAGUUCACCGUCUCACUAUGGAGAGCUGCUCCACUUGUGGCCACGGAAUGUCAGAGCUGGAAGGGGACUUCCAAGUUCCUCCAAACCCACUGCCGCAUUUCGCAGGCGAAGCGACGGAGUCUGAGAGAGAUUACGCUAGAUUUGAGGCAAAAAUCCAUGACCUACGCGAGCAGAUGAUGAACCACAGCAUGAGUUCUGGGUCCGGCUCCCUGAGAACCAAUCAGAAACGCUCACUCUAUGUCAGAGCCAUGUUUGACUAUGACAAGAGCAAAGACAGUGGGCUCCCAAGUCAAGGACUGAGCUUUAAAUAUGGUGACAUUCUCCACGUUAUCAACGCUUCUGAUGAUGAGUGGUGGCAAGCCCGAAGAGUAACUCUGGAGGGAGACAGUGAAGAGAUGGGUGUCAUUCCCAGCAAAAGAAGAGUGGAAAGAAAGGAACGUGCACGAUUGAAGACAGUGAAGUUUAAUGCGAAGCCUGGUGUAAUUGAUGCCAAAGGGGACAUCCCCGGAUUAGGUGACGACGGUUAUGGAACAAAGACUCUGAAACAUGUUUCUUCUAAUGCCAGCGAUAGCGAAAGUAGCUACAGAGGACAAGAGGAUCUCAUUCUUUCUUACGAGCCUGUCACAAGGCAGGAAAUUAAUUAUACUAGGCCAGUUAUUAUUCUGGGUCCUAUGAAGGACCGGAUCAAUGAUGACUUGAUAUCAGAAUUCCCUGACAAAUUUGGCUCCUGUGUACCUCAUACCACAAGGCCAAAGCGUGACUAUGAGGUGGAUGGCAGAGACUAUCAUUUUGUCAUUUCAAGAGAGCAAAUGGAGAAGGAUAUCCAAGAGCAUAAAUUUAUAGAAGCCGGGCAGUACAAUGAUAAUUUAUAUGGAACCAGCGUGCAAUCUGUACGAUUCGUUGCAGAGAGGGGCAAACACUGUAUCCUCGACGUAUCAGGAAAUGCUAUCAAGCGGUUACAAGUUGCACAACUCUAUCCCAUUGCCAUCUUUAUUAAGCCGAAGUCACUGGAGCCAUUGAUGGAAAUGAAUAAGCGUCUCACAGAGGAACAAGCCAAGAAAACCUAUGACCGAGCUAUCAAGUUAGAGCAAGAAUUUGGAGAGUAUUUCACAGCUAUCGUUCAAGGUGAAACUUUAGAAGAUAUAUAUAACCAAUGCAAACUUGUUAUCGAAGAACAAUCCGGCCCUUUCAUCUGGAUCCCUUCCAAGGAAAAGUUAUAAAUUAGCUGCCGCACCUCUGAUGAUGACAGAAGAGUAUUUAGAAGAAAAAUAUAUAUAAUAUACUACGUGGAGGCUUUUAUGUUUUUGUUGCAUUUAUGUUCUUGCAGUCAAUGUGAAUUUUUAUGAAUGUACAACACAAAGUGUGUGAAGCCAUGAAGGAAACUGAGGGGCCAAAGGGUAGAAAUUAAAGGACUUUUGCCGUACGUGGGAAAGACGUCAUGUGCUCAAAGUGCCAGGUGUAGGUAUGGAUUUCUGAUGGGGCUUUCUGUCCAGAGGUUUGAGCCGCCUCCUCGACUCCAUGGGCACCCCAACCUGUUGUAAUGGCUGAGUUCUGUGUGUUGAUUGCUUUAAAGAAAAGUUCCCAGCUCGUGAACCUCACCAAGCUUGUCAUUGCACAUCUGUAAUUGGUACACAUGGAAUUUUGUAACUAUGCACAUCUUUUGAUUUCUUAGCAAAAAGAAACAGCGAUUUAAAAAAAAAAUCAGAAAGAAAGGAAACAGUCCCCUUCAGAGACAUCAUUGCAUCAGGAAGAGGUGAUCAUAGAGCUGUUUUGACUGGUACCUGCAAAGGAAAGCAUUCCAUGAAAUUGAAGAGUGUCUGGAGCAUUUACCUUGCUGAUGAUGGCGGAGGGGGGGGGGGUUCCAUCUGGGAAUAGCUUUAUGAUUUUUGAUUGUCUAUUUUACCAUUUAUAUACUGAAAGAAGGCACUAAAAGAUGGAAUAAUUUAUAAAAUAAAAUUAUAUUAAAUGUAUAGAAACUAAUUUAUAUAGGUGAAAAAAAAUGUUUUUGUGAGAUAUUUUGUAAAGACUUAACUAAUGGAAAGGCAAAGUCUAUUACACCCUCAGCAGACUGUCAGAUUUAGAGAACUUAAAAGUUGCACUAUCCUUUUGGUUGUUGAUGAUUUUUUUCAGCAACAACUUAAUUUCUUUAAAGUCAGACCCCCUCCUUCCUAAGUUUCC